UAUCCCUGAGAAUGUGUUGAAUGUUGAUCACACAAACCACAGUAUCUAUCGAGUUCCUAGAUUUUUUCUCAUAAUUUACAUUAAUUUUAUUUUAAAAUAAUAUUCUAUUACUAUGCAGUUUAAAUAUUAAUGGUUUGACACAUAUAUGAUACACAAGGGAGGAGGAGCAGGAGAACAAGGAAGAAGAAGAGAUGAGUGGUGGAGGAAGUGAAGAGAAAAAAUCUUUAGAGUUCACACCCACAUGGGUUGUUGCUGCUGUGUGCACUGUGAUUGUUGCCAUUUCUCUAGCUGUUGAAAGAUUUCUCCAUUAUGGUGGCAAAUAUCUUAAGAGGAAGAACCAGAAACCCCUAUAUGAAGCCGUCCAAAAAGUUAAAGAAGAGUUGAUGCUUCUGGGUUUCAUAUCAUUGCUAUUGACAGUAUCUCAGGGAACAAUCUCUAAAAUCUGUGUACCUGAGCAUGUGAUUACUAACAUGCUUCCUUGUAAUCUCGCCGAAAAGAGUAAAGGAGAAAAAUCUAAUACUACAGCUACAACCGAACAUUUUCAGAGGUUCUUCUCUACUAGCAUAUCUAGCACUGCCAGGCGCCUACUGGCUGAAUCAACUGAAUCCCAGAUAGGUUACUGUGCGAGGAAGGAUAAGGUGCCAUUGUUAUCUGUAGAAGCUCUACAUCAUCUACAUAUCUUUAUCUUCGUCCUAGCCAUUGUUCAUGUUGCUUACAGUGUACUCACUGUUCUUUUCGGAGGGGCAAGGAUUCGUCAAUGGCAACACUGGGAGAAUUCAAUUGCAAAAUAUGAUACAGGUGAAGUUUUGAGAAAGAAGGUCACCCACGUCCGUCAAAACACAUUUAUCCGAGAGCAUUUUCUGGGCAUUGGCAAAGAUUCAGCUCUGCUGGGGUGGGUGCAUUCCUUUUUCAAGCAAUUCUAUGCAUCUGUAACAAAGUCAGACUACAUAACUCUGCGACUAGGUUUCAUCAUGACACAUUGCAGAGGAAAUCCUAAUUUUAAUUUUCACAGAUACGUGUUACGUGCCCUUGAAGAUGACUUUAAGAUAGUUGUUGGUAUAAGUUGGUAUCUUUGGAUAUUUGUGAUCAUCUUCUUAUUGCUGAAUGUUAAUGGUUGGCAUACAUAUUUCUGGAUAGCAUUCAUUCCUUUCCUUCUUCUACUGGCCGUGGGCACCAAGUUGGAGCAUGUAAUCACCCAGUUGGCUCAUGAUGUUGCUGAGAAACAUGUAGCCAUAGAAGGGGACUUAGUAGUUAAACCAUCAGAUGAGCACUUUUGGUUCAACCGACCUUACAUUAUCCUGUUCUUGAUUCAUUUCAUCCUCUUCCAAAAUGCUUUUGAGAUUGCAUUUUUCUUCUGGAUUUGGGUUCAAUAUGGCUUUGACUCCUGCAUAAUGGGACAGGUCAUAUAUAUUGUCCCCAGGCUAAUUAUUGGGGUGAUCAUUCAGAUACUCUGCAGUUACAGCACCCUUCCACUUUAUGCCAUUGUCACACAGAUGGGAAGUUAUUACAAGAAAGCAAUAUUCGAUGAGCAUAUCCAAGCUAGCGUUCUUGGUUGGGCUGAGAAAGCAAAGAGAAAGGCAGGCCUAAAAGCAGCAGCAGCAAAAGAUGGAUCUAACCAAUGAAGUUCUCAUCAGAGUUCUUCAGGAAUUCAGCUUGGAAGAGUUGGGCGCAAUGGGUCCACUCAGGAGAUCCAACCUUCAGCUGGUUCUGGUGGGCAGACAUAACUAGUUCUGUUACAGCAGCGGUAGUAAUAUGCAAGUCUUCAUAGAAUUGUCCAACAGGUAGUGACCUGUUUACAAGCGUUACAUGUAGAUGAGUGUAUUAUGGAACAUAGCAUAUAAAGGUCUUUGUUCCAGGUGCAGACUGAAUGUACUUUACCAGCUCAGUAAAUAUCAAUGCUUCCCUUCCUCUCUUGUGAAUGGGGUUGGGAAUUCAACUUGUAAUCAUAGCUUGCUUGCUUGCAAUUAUUUAUUGUGCGGUAUUGCUAUUAUAAACUCGGUCUUAUAUAAAAAUGAAUUUAAUAA